AUGUGGCCCGUCUCGGGGUCCCUAUCCAGGAAGACGGCAGCGACCAGCGCAGCUGAGUUUUAUGUUAACGGCCUUCAUUCUUCGCUGCCAAGUCAUUGUUUGACUGCCAUUGGCUCUCUCCCACCCUUCACGUGGUGGUGCGAAAGGAGCCCUGCGACGAAUUCGGUCGACUGGCAUACGCAACACGUGGCCAAACCAGCGCAACCUAUGCAGUGUGAUCAGUUCAUCUAUCGAGGCUGCAAUACCCUUCCAGUGCCUAGCUGUCACGCUACCCGAAAGAAGCACGAGGGCUGGGAUACUGCCAGGUUGCCCAAGCCUAGACAGGGGAAGUCGAGAUGCAGAGGUCGGGUUCGAACCACGGACCCUCCGUCACGCGUUGUCCACCUCGCGACUUGCGCAAUUCCGAAGGAGGCACGGAGAACAACACUCGACCCGGUAGGUGGUGUUUCGGCAUGUGCAGCACAUGGCCCAUCCAUCGCAGUUGAUGGUGCUGAAUGUUUUCCGCGAUUGAAGUGCCUGCUGUACAACCUUCGACAACCUCCGGUUGUGGGGCACCUCAUCUGGAGGGGACGUCACUUUCGGUUGGUGUGUCCCUUUAUGGGCCCAAUUCGCAUGAAUAUGGAUGGAAGAGACUGGAGUUGCCCCAUAUGUUUGGAGCCUACUGCAGCCGAUCUGGUGGUGAAACUGUCGCAGUGUGGUUGUUCAUUUUGCAGACCAUGUUUGGUGCGUUACCUCACCACUAUACUUGGUGAUUCGUUAGAUGCGGACUUCUCCUGUCCAAGCUAUCGAUGCGAUGCGAAGGGUUUACUCACAGAAUCUGAAAUUAAAGACCUCCUACCAACGAUAACAUUGUAUGACCAAUAUCUCAAUCGUCGCCUGGACAGAGGUGAGUUGGGGAAAUUAUUCCUUCUAGUACAUUCACUUCGUUUUCCAGAGGUUCAAACGAAUAGUGCACUGACAUUUUGCCCAGCGGCUGGCUGCGGCGCAAUCUGUGAUAUCCUGCCCAAACCCAUCCCUCGUUCCUCACCAGGCCCCGGCUCUAAUGUUGUUUUCAAGCGGUUUCAAUGGUGGAAUCGUUCGCCACUUAUCCAGAGACAACCAACCAAUGAUUCGGCCCUCACUUUAGACAACCCAACUAUAUCUGAAAAGUCAAUACCUGGCGUACGAACUAGCUAUGGUGAUAGCGAUUCUUUUCCCACAAACCACGAACGACUAUGCAAUGCCAAAUCUCCGUCAAGUUUCACGCGUCCGCACUCCCCAUCCAAAAAAAGUCGGGCGACACGAGUCAUCUGUCACGUCUGUGGUCACGCUUUCUGUGCGCGGUGUCAUCUAGCAUGGAAUAAUGCUGAGCAUUGCCAGUGUGAAAGUUAUUCACAUCAGGAACGUAAUUAUUUCCAUUUGCGGAAGUCGGCACACAGCAAAAAUUCCCGCUUGAUUGACGUAACCACCGAAGGGAACUCUGUGCAGCAGCAGCAGAACAUGCCAAACGGAACUGCCAAUUCAUCGCUUUCUAGGAAGUCUGACCAUCCACGACGAGUCCGUCUACGAAUACCCGCCUACAGACAUCGAAAUCUGCACAAGACUCAUAGUCGAGUCGAUUCAAAGCCCGAUUCCAAAAAGGAUUCCUCUGCUGACCCGGCAGGCGUAGAUUUUGCCGUUGGUUUCCCACCCUAUCCUGAAGAUGCAUCCUUGAAACGCUGCCCAACUUGUUUCGUCCCAAUCGAGAGAGUUGAUGGAUGUGCUCAAAUGCGGUGUCGUUCAUGUAAACAUACGUUCUGUUGGUACUGUCUGUCCUCGCUGGAUCGAGAUGUCCUUCUUCGUCACUACGACGUUGGUGCUUGCAAGGGCAAGCUGGGCCAUUCACGAGCGUCUAUUCUGGGGCAUCGAAUUUAUGUCAUUAGUGUUUUCGCUGGUUUCACUCUGCUGUUCAUCAUCACCGCUCCAUUCGUCAUCAUGUCACUUCCGUGUAUUUUGUGUUCCAAAUGCGAGUUAGCCUAUCGUCAGCGCCGACUCCGUAAGCGUCACACCGCUGGAGUGGUUCUCUCAACGGAUAAAGGUUCACAGGAAUCUCAAGACCAUGUGACUGAAUCGUCAAGCUCUUCAUCUUUUUCGCUUUCCAGAGAACAUAACCUUGCAGAGUCAGACAACCAUAAACCCGGUUGUACAAUCGUUGUUCCGCAAACUGCGGAUAUCCACUGGUGUGUGGAUGCUACCCCUGACGUCUCAAGUGACUCUGAGCCUGUCCCGUCAGAACGAAGCAUUGCCCGAAUCCCCGCAUCCAAUACGGGCCACUCUGUCAUUUUCAGUUAAGCAUUUAUUAUCCUGUCCUCAUCAGGUUUCCUUGUAUUUUCUUAGUAGCGCCACAGUUCUUUCGCCAACUGACACACUGCUCCAACGUACAGUGUGCAACGCGACCCUGCUUAUCUCCACCCCUGUGUUCUUGCAUUUAUUUUGAGCUACUCCCAAACGCAUGAGUAGGCGUUUUGUAGGACAAUAUGUUUUCCCACAGAGCCCGGAAACAGUCCCGUGAAGGGAUAUGUUUACCUCAGUCGCAUGCGGCUUGUACUGAAGCGAAUGGGUGAUGUUUUCAGGUCAAAAAUCUCCUCAGUUCUUCCUGAUUUCAUUCACAGUUUUUUAUUUCAAAAAUGACCUUAUCACUGUGUUUAAAUUAUUUCAACAAUCAUAUUGCCUCUUUAACUGGAGCGUCCCCACUCGUAUAAAGGUCUCAACUCUUAUUCAUGGCUUUCAUGCUAUGUCGGUCUUUCCACUUGUUCUUUUAAUCUCGUUCGUUUUUCUAUUGCCC